GUGCUGCGGCGGUUAAUUAGAGAAAUAGUGAUUUGAGUUGUCGGAAUUGUAGGCAUUUUCAUAUAAACUUAGUGAAAAUGGAUGAAGAAGGAGAAAGUAUUUUACUACAAGAUAAUUACUACCAGUUACUCAAUGUCUCUAAAACGGCAACUCAAGAAGAGAUCAGCAGUGCCUACCGUCGCUUUUCGCGCAUAUUUCACCCAGACAAGCACAGUUCUGAUCCCAACAAGCAAAAAUGGGCAGAGCAAAUAUUCAACAAAGUAAAAGAAGCAUACGAAGUGCUUUCGGAUUCGCACAAAAGGGCUAUUUAUGAUACCCUUGGAAAAAGGGGUCUAGAAGUAGAUGGAUGGGAGAUCAUCUUCCGGACCCGUACGCCUCGGGAGAUUAGGGAAGAAUACGAUAGAUUAAAGCGAGAGCGGGAAGAGAGGAGAUUGCAGCAGAGCGCAAACCCUAGAGGCACUAUAACACUGUCUAUCAAUGCGACGGAUAUGUUUAUGAAGUAUUACGAUGAGUAUGAUAUUUUGGAAGAUUCAGCUAUAAUACCAACCGUCGAAGUGUCCGGUAUGACGAUCCAACAGUCUAUCGACGCCCCGGUCACGCUUAGGAAUACUGUCACGUUAUCAGGAAACAUUUCCACACAAAAUGGAACAGGCACAGGAGCGGUGACAAUGUCCAACAGACAUCUGAGUUCGGAACGAGGUUGGACUGAGGUGGAAUGCGGUAUAGGAAAUGGACCAGUGUUUGGGUUCAAGUUAUUUAGGACAUUGUCGAGGCUCAUGUUCGUCAACUGCGGCACAGGCUUGCAGUUCACUUCUAGGGGGAUCGUUCCUAGUUUUGUGUCGACGAUGGCUUUGCAACUCGACGCUCAUUCAGUGGGCUACCUUACAUACAGAGCCGGGGGUCAAGCUGGAUCGUCUAUGACCUCCACAUACGUCAGGGACUCAGAAAAGCACCACCUCAACGCAGCGGUACAGAUCGGCAACCCGCAUUCGUUCAUAUCGUUCAAUAUCAUGAGAAAGAUGCCACAGCACGAUAUGAAGUUGCGGCUGGCUCUGAAGUUUGGCACAUUUGGUGCGAUCGCCGAAUAUGGUGUGGAGAAGAAAGUGUCGCAGAAUAGUAGCGUUUCAGCGGCGGUUAUGCUCGGUGUACCCAGCGGCGUUAUGCUCAAACUAAAAUGGUCAUGCUCCUCACAAACCGUAGUGGUGCCAAUACACCUGUGCGAGGAGGUGAUACCGGCACCAGUUUUCUACGCCACGGUGGUGCCUAUGCUGUCGUGGCUGAUACUCAAGAAGCUAGUGCUAGAUCCCAUAGCGAGGGAACGACGAGAGAGGGAACGGCAGAGGUCCAUGGAAGCGAAUUUCGAGAGGCUACAAGAAAUGCAGAGGCAAGCGAGAGCGACGAUCGAGCUCAUGAGAGAAACGUACUCUAGAAUCAGGAGCGACGAGGAAAAGAAUAAAGGACUGGUCAUCAUUAGAGCGCUCUACGGAAAGUUGCCUGAAGGAGCCACAGAACAUGAAAUAGAAUCGGAGCAGACUGGCGACACCGGAUCACCGGACAGCCCGCUUCGUUAUUUGGAAGUCAUAGAUGUCACUAUACCGGUACAGUGUCUUAUCAAGGAUUCCAGGUUGGAGCUAUUAGAAGCCAGCAAGUCCGAACUGCCCGGUUUCUACGAUCCGUGCGUGGGCGAUGACAAGCACCUCACCAUCAAGUACUUCUUCCAUAGCAACCUCCACUGCUGCACGGUUUCCGACACCCAAGCUGUAGUACUGCCGCGCAAUAAUCAUCGAAUAAAGAAUAGAUCCUGAAAGAUAAAGAGCAGGCGUAAGUAAGCUGACGCGGCGCCGUAUUAAGUUACAACGCAACAAAUGAAGAUAUAUACAGCUACAGGCAAAUAUUUGAGUACAGGAACGCUUAUUAAAAUUUAAGCGCGUCUUAAAUUUUAAUCGACGUCUUAUUUAUACUAUAGCGAUGCGGUUUACAUGUUUUUAGGAAACAACUCAAUUUUACAGUUGCUUACCUUUUGUGCAGCUUAUGAAAAUUACGUCAUUGGUGUGAUUCUUAGCUAUUAACAUUCCAAAGUUUGGGAUAAAAUACGAAUCGUUUUUUUUUUUGUUUUAAUUUGUACGCACAAGGUUUAUUUUUUUUAUUUCUAUGUAGACUAACCAAACUUUGUAGUACCAGGCAGAGGCGUGCAUAGAAAUGUCCAUCAAGGUAUUCUUUAAGGGGAGGGAGAUGAUACCAAAUUGAGAAAUCUUUUUCCUAUACAAGUGAUAUUUUAAAGAUUUUAAACUAAGAUUUUCGUGUUUAAUCAAUAUUUCUUAAAUACAGUUCAACGGGUACAUACCACGAUAGUAUUUUUGGAUUCGUCCCGACCCCCGAGAGUCCCGUCGUGACCACGAUAUAUGCAACUGGGUCGAAAUAUCGACAAA